AUGCGCGCAUUUCGUCUUCCGUUACGGUUUUUCCUGAAACGAGCCGGUACUGUGAUCACAAAAUAUUCCCGACCAGCGCUGAGAAGUGAAGUGCUCGGACGUGGUUUAACGCUUUGGGGACGUGUUGUUAUCAGGCCACUUGCAUUGGCAACUUAUCAGAAGCAAUGGAAACGUGAAAAUGUUCUGGGUGUUAAUAGGCGAAAUUUUUCGCUGCUGAGGGUGUGUACAAGUCGAGAAGUCCCAGAACGAAUCAAGGUCUUUUUUUUCGAGAAAUUUUUGCGAUUUUGA